AUGCCGAGAGACUGCUCCGACCACCUGCUCAGGGGGCAGAGAAGAAGCAGGGUGUACCUGGUGACCCCUGACCUCCGCAGCAGGAGCUUCCCGGUCCUCUGUGACAUGGAGCUGAAUGGAGGAGGGUGGACGCUCCUGCAGCGCCGACAGGACGGCAGCGUGAGCUUCAACCGCACCUGGGCUGAGUACCGAGCAGGCUUCGGGGAGCUGGACGGAGGAGAGUUUUGGCUGGGCAACAAUAUGAUCCACCUGCUGACCCGGGACAGGGACAUGGUGCUGCGGGUGGAGCUGGAGGACUUUGACGGGGUGAUGGAGUAUGCAGAGUAUGAGCACUUCAGGGUGGCGAGUGAGCGGAUGCGCUACAGACUGUCGGUGGGCGGAUACUCGGGGACUGCAGGUGAUGCUCUCCGCUUCAGCAAAAGUUACGAUCACAACAACAGGGCGUUCACCACGCCGGACAGGGACCACGACCGCUAUCCAUGGAACUGCGGGGCCUACUACAGCUCCGGCUGGUGGUUUGACGCCUGCAUGGCUGCAAACCUCAACGGGAGAUACUAUGAAGGGAGGUACAAGGGAGUCCGAGAUGGGAUUUUCUGGGGCACGUGGCACAACAUCUCGUCACUAACGGGAGACAUAGUCUUGUAUUAA